GGGAGAUGGUGGCGUCGCCCUGUCGAAAUUCUCCAUAAGGCUAAGUCCGAGGUUUUUCAAGAUUUUUUCAAUUGUUUGGCGAGAGGCGGUUCAAUUGUUUGGCGGAUUACACCCUUAGCUUAAACGCAGCGCCGCCACGCGUAGCCUUCAGUCAACAUAAGCAAAAAUAUCAUUCUUCAUUCCUUUCCACGAUUUCCAUUGGCUGGUAUUAUUCAAGGGAAUGUCUCUUUCAAAUCCGUUGAAAUUAAAAUCUUCAAGAAAAAGAAAAGCUGUCAGAUCAGAAGCCCCUUAAAAGUUGGAGCACUAGACAAUCAAACCAGAUUACAUAGAAAAGUGUCUAUAACGGCAUCAAUGACAAAUAUGUAUGUGUAUUGAAUAGGAAACACAUUUGCAUGUGGAAUGAAGAAGAAUCAUACCUCGAAGAUGUCAAGAAGCAUACAUUUACAACAAAUAUUCACACUAUCCACUCUUCCCCUGGGAAAUCAUCCAGUGAAAGUUUGGAAGUUGGCUUAACCAAACGGAAGGAUGUCAAGCCCAACUUACUAGAACAGGGUGAAACUGUUUCCAAAUCCUACCUUGAAAGAGUUAAAGAUCAAACAGUUCUGAUACUGUUUACAUCUAAAAACAAGGUCUAUUAUGUCCGUCUGACCGGUGAUGGCUCACCAGAUGGGAAUCUUAAUUUCUCUUUGAUCAAAGGUGCCAACUGCAAAAAUGUAGGAAUGGCUGUGGUUAAUGAAAAUGCCAACAUUGUCACCAUUCUUGUACUAUGGUCUGAUGGAGAAUUGGUCCAAUAUUCUGAACAGGGAGCCAUCAUGGUGGCUUAUAACCUAAGUGGGAUUUGUCUUACAAGUCCUGUAGCAAUGGUCAUGUUGGAUACGGUGCGGAUGUGAGUGAAGAAGGAGCCGUGUUAUUGCUGUUUGAUUUGAAGUUUGGCAUGAGUGUGUCCAAUAGAAAAUUAAAAUUUUUCUGUGAUCCACCUCACCUGUAUUGCCUACCAUUUAUUGCUAUGAGGAAGUCAUGUCAGAGUUAUGUAAACUAAAUGUUUUGAAUGUUUGCUGUGAUAAACACGAAGAUUCCUUGCCCUAUUUAAUAAUGCAAUAUGUACAUAUUCGUUUUCACACAGAGUCUAAGCGAUUUCGAAACAUACAUCUGUCUAGUGAUCGAACGCAAAUGAAAACUAACAAAAAAUUGUCAAGAAUACCAAAAAGUGCUGAAAUUCAAUGUGAAAAAGUCAAAGAAAAAGUAACAGCAAAUACAACGAAUAAAACUUAAAG